AAGUGGCUCUAAAUCCGAAAGUGGUUCAGAAUCAAAAAGUGGCUCGAAAUCCGGAAGUGGGUCAAAAUCAAAAAGUGGCUCUCUAUCCGGAAGUGGUUCAGCAUCUGAAAGUGGCUCUAAAUCCAAAAGUGGUUCAGCAUCUGAAAGUGGCUCUAAAUCCAAAAGUGGUUCAAAAUCCGAAGGUGGCUCUAAAUCCGAAAGUGGUUCAGAAUCGAAAAUUGGCUCUGGUGAGGAUAUCAAGUCCGAGUCAAAAUUGAGCAGCAAAAUAAGCAAAUCAAAUGAAGACAACACUGUGAAGCGCAGAAGAAAACGAUCUGCAAAGGAUGACAAUGAUGCUAGUUUAUCGUCAGAAAGUAGAGAAGAUGUAACGAAACAAGAAGAGUCCAAAUAUGGAAGUGAUUCAAAGAAUG